AUGAGGGGUUCUUGCCUGUAUUUAUCGAGUCUGCUGCUCUCAGUGACUGUCGCUCUCGCCCUGUGCAGUCCUGCUCGCGUUGCUGCUGUGCGCCUCCCCUGGUCCGUGGGCAAACACAGCCCCUCCGCGAGUAGGAUGCGGGACGAAUGGCAUGCUGCUGCCGGCGGUGGUGCCGCUUUCUCUAUCACUCCUGCUGCUGCUGGUGCUGCUGCUUCGUCUGGUGAUGCUGCUGCUGCUGAUUCGGCUGGGGCAGGUGGCCCUGUGGGUGGUGAGUUCCCCGUGCCUGGUGACGGCCCGUACAAGAGGGAGGAGCUGCUUCCAAGCUUCAUUCUCCAUCACAGCGGCUACACAAGCGUAGCAGGCGGAGAGCAGUCAACAGCAGGCGCAGAAGAGUCCACAGCAGCAGACACAGAAGAGGCAUCAGCAGCAGACGCACCCGCCUCUCUUCCAGAGGACGAGGAAACGGGCCCAGCUUCAGAAGCAGCCACAGCAUCGACAGCAGAGGAGGCAGCAGCAGCUGGCAAUGUUUCGACCUCCUCUGUCUCUGCCUCUGCCUCUACCUUAGCGUCUGCCUCUGGUAGUGGUUCUGCCUCGGGCCCUGCUCAAGGCGCUCUCCUGCAGCGCGCCUCCCAGGGCCUGCUGUCGUCCCUGAGGUGCCGCUUCUCCAGGAACGAUCCUGCGUGCACAGACUCUACUACGGCCAAGGGGAAGGCUGCGUUGAAGGUGGUGGAGGCUGUUUCCAGUGAUGCGUUUGUGCAGCGGGUGGGGCGGCAGCUGUGGCUGCGGGGCAAGCCGUUUUAUGUGAAUGGGUGGAACACGUACUGGCUCAUGUACAUUGCCAGCAUUCCGGACAAGAAGAACCUGGUGAACCAGGCGUUGAGUCAGGGGCGCAGCAUGGGCCUCACAGUGUGCCGCACGGGGGCGUUCUUUGAUGGCCCUGGCUGGCAUGCGCUGCAGACGAGCCCUGGCGUGUUUGACGAGAACACGUUUAAGGCCCUGGACUAUGUAAUUUUCACGGCCAAGAGGUUUGGAAUCCGGUUGCACAUGGUGCUGAACGGCAACUGGGACGACUAUGGAGGCAAGAACCAAUACGUCAAGUGGAGCGCUGCUGCUGGGGGCAGCCCUCCCUAUGACGACACAGCCUUCUUUGUCGACCCUCUCUGCCGAACGUUCUACAAAAACUUUAUCAAGGCGGUUCUCACUCGCCGCAACACCCUCACGGGCCAGCUGUACCGCGACGACCCCACCAUCUUUGGCUGGGAGCUCAUCAAUGAGCCCCGGGUCUACGCUGACCCCUCAGGAGACGUCCUGCAGGCGUGGAUCACGGACAUGGCAGCGUAUGUCAAGUCGCUGGACCCCAACCACCUGCUCUCCAUCGGCUCGGAGGGCUUCUACGGCCCCUCCACUCCGGAUCGAGCCAAGGCGCUCAACGCGGAGUGGUGGAUGGUGAACGUGGGGACGGACUUUGUCAGGAACAACAAGGUCCCGGGGAUUGACCUUGCCUCGGUGCAUGCGUAUGCAAACAGCAGGUAUUCGGUGUCGGCAUGGAGUGACAAGAUGGCACAUUUUACCAACUUUGUGAAGGGGCACUUGGAGGACGGGGACGGGCAGCUCAACAUGCCCGUGCUCAUCGGCGAGUUCGGCCCCGAGAGCAUCAAGAAGCUUCCGGACGGCAGCAUGGCGCGGCGCAACGAGGUGUACAGGACUCUGUACCAGAUUGUGCUGGAGUCGGUUAAAAAGGGAGGCUCAGCUGGCGCCACCAUGUUUUGGCAGAUCAUGGCUGACGACCUGCGCUCGUGGGAUGAUGGCAUUGCAGUCUUCGCAUCGGACCCUGCACACGCCAAGACAGUGAGCAUCAUAUCCGCUCAGUCCAAGGCGAUUGCUGCUGCCACAAGGAGUUUAGGAUGA